CUUACAGAUAGUUGAAGUAAACAGAAGGAAACAAGGCAUCCAUGGAUUAUGCUUUAUCACCCAAGGUGGCUCAGAAAAUCUUUGAAGGGGAGGGUGGAUGUUACUACAGCUGGUCAAGUUCCCUGUAUCCGAUUCUUCAAGAAGCCAAGAUCAGUGGUGGGAAGCUUGUCCUUAAGCCUUUAGGCCUAGCUUUACCUCACAAUUCUGAUUCAUCCAAGGCGGGUUAUGUUAUUCAAGGUAGUGGAAGGGUUGGGAUGGUGUUAUCAAAAUCUUCAGAUGAAAAGGUGUUGAAGCUCAAGAAAGGCGACGUGAUACCUGUACCACUCGGAGCAGUUUCAUGGUGGUUCAACGAUGGUGAAUCUGAACUUGUUGUGGUGUUCUUAGGUGAAACUUCUAAGGCUUACCACUCUGGAGAGUUCACCUAUUUCCUCUUAGCUGGAGCUAAUGGUAUCUUCAAAGGCUUUUCAAUGGAGUUCAUUAGAAGAGCACUGGGUUUAAAUGAAAAGGAAGCAAAUGAGCUCGUGAAUAGCCAAAAUGGUGUUCUAAUUGUCAAGCUUAAGGAGGGGAAGAGAAUGCCAGAACCUUGCAUGGCGAGUACCAAAGAGAUGAUCUUCAACACUGAUGCUGCAACGCCAGACGUUGAUAUUUUCAAGGGUGGACGUGCUGUGGUUGUAACAGUUGAGAAAUUGCCCUUGUUACAACAAGUUGGAUUGAGCUCCACUUAUAUAAAACUUGACUCCAAUGCUCUCCACUCUCCAGGAUACUCCUCAGACUCGGCAUUUGAAGUGAUCUACAUAGUGAAGGGUGGUGGGCAUGUUCAGAUCGUAGGUAUUAAUGGUCAAUGUGUCCUGGAUACUCAUGUGAGCACUGGUCAGUUAUUUGUUGUGCCCAAGUUUUUUGCAGUCUCUAAAAUUGCAGGCAGUGAAGGAAUGGAGUGGUUUUCUAUGAUCACAACAACACGGCCUUCAUUUAGUUACUUAACCGGGGAGAGAUCAGUGUGGAAGGCAUUAUCUGCAGAAGUGAAACAAGCCUCUCUGAACGUGAGUCCAGAGAUAGAGAAAGUCAUUACUUCGAACAUGAGCAAGAUCGCCGUUUUUGUUCCUCCACCAAAUUAAAUGGCAUGCAUGCUACUUUUAAGUGAAUAAAUUAUAUCAAUGAUUGUAUUAUGUAUUUUAAAAAGCUUUGUUGUAGCCUAACAGUGUGUGGCGCUAUUAUAUGUGGUAAAAAAUAGAAUACUAUCUAUAUCUAUAUCUAUUUUUAUUU